AUGGCCGUAAUCGUCGGGUGGAUAAUUGAGUCCCUCUAUGAGAUUUUACACAUCUCUGGGCUGACUCUGCAGUCUUUUCUCGUCUUUUUUACGGUCUUUUUCAUGGCGUGUUUCGUAUUGAAGCGCAGCGAAAACCUGCCUCCCUAUCCGGCAGGACGUGUGCCUGUUCUCGGGCACCUCCUCGCCUUGGGCCGAGCGCCUCACCUCAAGCUGACGGCGUGGAGGCGGCAGUAUGGGGACGUCUUCACCGUCAGAAUGGGGAUGGAAGAUGCGGUGGUUUUGAACGGCUACACUGCCGUCAAGGACGCGCUCGUGGACAGGUCCGAGCUGUUUGCCUCCAGGCCGCCAAAUUAUAUGUUCGAUGCUGUCUUUGGUAACCAAAAGGACAUCGGCUCUGCACGCUGGGGGACCGAGUUCAAACAGAGAAAGAGGUUCGCACUCACCGCCUUAAAGAACCUGGGCAUGAAGGUGGGACCUGGCAGCAUCGAGGAGAAAAUCCGAGAGGAGGCGAGCUGUCUCCGCAACAGGAUGACAGAAUACGAGGAAGAGCCAUUCGACGUCUCAAACGAUAUAACCGUCGCUGUUGCAAACGUCAUCUGCUCCAUGACGUUCGGAAAGCGCUACGACUACGGGGAUGAAACGUUCCGCGAACUCGGGAAGGCGAUCGCAAGCGUCAUGGCUGAAAUUGGAGCAGGACAGAUCUUCAGCGCCUUCCCUGUCUUACGGUUCGUCCCUGGAAUAAACAGGACAUGCAAGGAAGUGUUUAAACAGAACUCCAAGAUUCACCGAGUAGUGUGGGACGAGAUAACCAGUCAUCGCGAGAACCUGGAUCGCGAGAACCCGCGAGACUUCCUGGACUUCUGUCUGCUGGAAGUUGAACAGCAGGGAAAGGUGGAGGGUCUGACGGAGGAGAACGUCAUGUACAUGGCAACGGACCUCUUUCUCGGGGGGACAGACACAACCACCAACACCCUGCUGUGGAGUCUGCUCUACAUGACAUUGCACCCCGACAUCCAGAAUAAGGUACAAGAGGAGCUUGAUGCCGUUGUUGGUGAUAGUCUGCCCGCCCUGUCCCACCGUUCCCAGCUGCCCUACGUGAACGCCUGUCUGCUGGAGGUCAUGAGGAUCCGGCCCGUCGGGCCUUUUACAAUCCCCCACGCCACCACAGAGACGGUCAAAGUACGGGAAUAUGACAUCCCUAAGGGCACCAAGGUACUACCAAACCUGUAUUCACUCCACAUGGACCCCGCCUACUGGCCUGAUCCGGACCGGUUUGACCCCGGAAGGUUUCUGGACGCGGAAGGGAACGUUAUCAACAAGCCUGAGUCCUUCAUGCCAUUUUCGGGAGGCCGACGUGUGUGUCUCGGGGAGCAGCUGGCCAGGAUGGAGCUGUUCCUGUUCUUCUCCACCCUGCUGCAAUCCUUCACAUUCAGGACGCCAGAGGGCGCUCCUCCUCCAACCACUGACGGCGUCCUUGGACUGACCUUGGCCCCGCAGCCGUUCAAGCUCUGUGCGAUCCUGCGUUAGCUUUUCUGAUA